AUGGAUACAAAGGAAAUUAAAUCAAUUGUAUCAAAUCUUGAAAAGACUCAAGAUGAUCAAACUAUGUUAAAACUAUUAAAUAUAUUAAAUGAUGAUGUUAUACCUACAGAAAAAUUAUUAAGAGAAACUAAAGUUGGUGUUGCUGUAAAUAAAUUUAGAAGUCAUGAUAAUUCAGAAAUUAAUCAAUUGGUUAAAAAAAUGAUUAGAAAUUGGAGAGAUGCUGUUAAAAAGGAUUCAUUAAAGAAAAAACAAGAAGCUAAUAAAGAUAAUUCAUCAGAUGGUAAUAAAUCACCAGAUCAAUCACAAGAUAAUACAUCAAAACAACCAGAAGCACCAAAAAGACAUUAUACUGGACCAAGAACUUCUAAAUCAGAUGCUAUAAAUACUCAAUUAUAUGAAAAUCCAACUAGAAAUGCAUCUGUUGGUGCAUUAUAUACUGCAUUGGCUGUUGAACGAGAUGAUUCAUCAAAAUUAAUAUUAUCAAUAGCUGUUGAAAUUGAAUCAGAAGUUUUUAAAGCUCAAUAUGGUAAAGUAGAUGAUACAUAUCGUACAAAAUUAAGAACUUUUACAAUGAACCUCAAGAAUAAAAAAAAUCCAGAAAUUAGAGAAAGAUUAUUAAGUAAAUCAAUAAAACCAAAUGAAUUUAUUAAUAUGAAACCAACAGAAAUGGCACCAGAAGCAUUACGUAAAGAAAUGGAACAAUUACAUAAACAAAAUUUAUUUGAUGCUCAAGGUGCAACUGAAAAAAGAGCUGUUACUGAUAGAUUUACUUGUGGGAAAUGUAAACAUAAAAAAGUUAGUUAUUAUCAAAUGCAAACUAGAUCUGCAGAUGAACCUUUAACAACUUUUUGUACUUGUGAAAAUUGUGGUAAUAGAUGGAAAUUCUCAUAA